ACCAGCUCCACUUCCGCUGCUCCACAUGCAUCAAACUGUGUACAACAGGGAAGCUACAGCAGUUAGCUCGUUGUGUAAAAUACAGUACUCAUAUUGAGUUCGUUGUUUUAGUUUGUAGCUGUUAGCUACAUAUAUUCCCGGGUAACAUGCUCCUUUUUUGUCCAACCUGCGGAAAUGUUUUAAUUGUCGAGGAAGGACAGAAGUGCAUGAGAUUCGCCUGCAACACCUGUCCGUAUGUGCACAACAUCACAAGAAAGGUAAAUUACAGGAAGUUUCCCAAACUUAAAGAGGUGGACGAUGUUCUCGGUGGAGCUGCAGCGUGGGAAAACGUGGACUCAACUCCUGAAACGUGUCCAAAGUGUGGACAUCUUCGGGCGUAUUUCAUGCAGAUUCAGACCAGAUCAGCUGAUGAGCCGAUGACGACUUUCUACAAAUGCUGUAAAGCGCAGUGUGGACACCGAUGGAGGGACUGAAACCUUUGCACUUUGGAUAUUGUAAUGUAUGGGAUGCCUUGUCCCUCAUUUGUGUUUGGGCCUAUUGCCAACAGGCUGUGGUAGUUAUUCUUCAGAUGAUGUGCCAAACCUCUUCUGUGCGACGGCCCAGCUGAAGAAACUUUAUUUUUGCUUUUGUGUAUGCAGGUGAUAUUUACAGUGUUCAUUUUCCAAAUAACAAUAAAAAGGAGUUUCAAAGAAA